CGCCUUUACUUACUUCUAUGUCAAUCUUUGUGCGCCGUCCCUUGCUUCCUUCAGCCCCCCACUAUCGCCCUUUUUUCACAGCUAUGGCUAUCGCUGGACCACCCCCAAGCAUUGUAGGCGCUUUGCGUUGCCAAAGAGACUCUUAUCUUCAGACCCUCCAGACCGAGGUUGUUUCGUGCAGUGAAUACUCGCCUCAAACAAACGGCAACUCGAAAUCAAACAAAUCCACGGACCCCAAGAAGUCGGUCCAAAAUGGGACUAAGGCAUGGUUGAUUGAGUUUCGUGACUCCAUUCUCUUUCCAGAAGGCGGCGGACAACCAACUGACCACGGCUCUAUCACCCCUCUUACCCUGGCCUCAUCCGAGUCAAUCCCCAUCACAUCAGUCCAACGCCAUGGCCUACGCUGCGUGCAUCUCUCGCCCCAGCCCUUAGACCCAGGCACCCUAGUUCGGCAGGACGUGAACUUCAAACGACGAUGGGACCACAUGCAACAGCACACCGGCCAGCAUCUCCUCUCUGCGAUCAUGGAUUCUAUGAACCUCGACACGCUCAGUUGGAGCAUGGGCGCGGACGGCGAAAUGAACUACGUCGAAGUAGUCCGCAGACCGACCAACGACGAGAUCCGUACUAUCCAAGAAAGAUGCAAUGCAGCCAUACGCCAAAAUUUACCAAUCACGGUAGAGACGCCAAAUGACGCCAAAGUAGACAGUCUACCCGAAGACUACGAUCAAGAAAAAGGAAUUGUGCGGGUCAUCAACAUUGGCGGUUUAGACUCGAAUCCAUGCUGUGGGACGCAUCUUAAGCAGACAUCGCAUAUUUCUCUAAUACUGCUUCAUCAUACCCAAACGGCUCGUUCGACGACUUGUCGUCUGUACUUCACAGCCGGAGAUCGCGCCAUCAAUCUCGCUGCUGAAUCUAUCAACUCGCUUCGCUCCAUCUCGGUAUCACUGUCCUGCGGAAAUGCGCCUUCAGAUGUCCAAUCCAACGUAGCGAAACUAGGAGAAUCAGUUGCAGAAGCACGGCAAAAAGAAAAGAAAUUGCUAAAAGAGAUCGCCAAGUUCGAAGGUGAUCGGAUAAAGGCUGUUCUGGAGACGCAAAACCGCGCAUUCAGUCACCGAGGCACAGACGGCCUUGACUUCGUAAACCUUAUCUGGACUGAAGUCAAGGAGGCAGCGAAGGAGCGUGGUGUGGUCGUGUUGGCUUCGGGAGAGGGCAAGUCCGUAGGACACCUCAUGAUUAUCGGGCAGGAAGACCUUGUCGAACAGCUUUCUGCGAAGGUCAAAGUAGUUGUGAGUGGCAUCAAAGGAGGCGGCAAAGGUAAAUGGCAGGGGAAAGUGCAGACUUGGAAGAAGGGAGAGAUUAAAGCUUUGAAACAACUUGUCGAAGGUUUCGAAAACUAGAGUUCGAUACAUAUAGUCGUCUACUCGAGCAUCGUGAGACCAUCACGACAAUGUCCUCCUUUCAACUCAUAAAUUUAGAUAGUCGGCAACAU